AUGGCUGAAACCUUCGCCGAGGACAUGAAGGUCGCUCUCAGCACCGCUGUCAAGGAUCCAGCUAUGGAUUCGGGUAAAGCUGAGACCGUCAACGAUUGGACGGACCGGGGAAACGGAGACGAUCCGGUCUCCGAUGGCCAGGUCGUCAACAAUCAGGCUUCCGAGGCUUCUGCUCGUGUCUACGAGUGGGACGAAGAGUUCGGCGACGUGGGACCACGUUUGCCUGAGCUCGAAUGCGAGCUCUUUGGGGACCCUGAGAACAGGGGCCAGGCCAUUGACUUCUCCAAGAUCAGGGAAAUCGAAGUCACCCAGGAGGGUACCGAGCGGAUCGGCUACAUCGGCAAGUUUGACGAUGCUGGUCUUCACCCCGUCAUGCUCGAGAACGUGCGGCUUUCUUCGUACACGAGCCCGACUCCCAUCCAGCAGUACACCAUCCCCGCCAUUCUUCAGGGCAAGGAUGUCAUUAGCAUCGCUCAGACGGGCUCCGGAAAGACGGGCGCGUACCUCAUUCCCAUCCUGAGCAAGCUCAUGGGCAAGGCCAAGAAGCUGGCUGCCAAGCGCCCUAACCCCAAGACGUUCCGCGAAGGCCUUGAUGAUGUCAAGGCCGAACCUUUGGUUCUUAUCGUCGUCCCCACCAGGGAGCUUGCCGUCCAGGUCUUCAACGAGGCUCGCAAGUUCUGCUACCGAAGCAUGCUCCGUCCUUGCGUCGUCUAUGGCGGCUGCCCUAUCCGCGAACAGAUCAACCUCCUCGCCAAGGGCUGCGACGUCCUCAUCGGCACGCCGGGGCGUCUUCGGGACUUUGUUUUCCGUCCCCACUUGCUGACUCUGCGUCGUCUCAAGUACACAGUCAUUGACGAGGCCGAUGAGAUGCUGGGCUACGACUGGAAGGAUGAGAUGGACCCUAUUCUCGGUGGCGGUGAACAAGAUGAAGGGGCUGUCCAGUUCUGCCUCUUCUCAGCCACCUUCCCCAAGGAAGCUCGCGAUCUCGCCAGAGAGUACCUUGCCGAUUCCCACGUCCGGUUCCGUGUUGGGCGUGCAGGCAGCACUACGGGCAACAUCAAGCAGGUCAUCGUCGAGACUGACCACAGCAACAGGCGCUCCGUCCUGCUCGACCUUUUGCAGGAGAAGUCUGGCAUGCGAACCAUCAUCUUCGCCAACAGCCGCAUCGAGGUUGACAGCCUCGACGACUUUCUCUGGAACUCUCGCCUGCCAGUAGUCUCGAUCCACAGCGAGCGCUCUCAGAAGGACCGCGAGGCUGCCAUGCGUGCUUUCCGAUCUGGGAAGGCCCCGAUCCUGGUUGCCACCGGUGUCUGUGCCCGCGGUGUCGACGUCCGCAACGUCAUGCACGUCAUCAACUACGAGCUCCCCUCCAUCGACAAGGGAGGUAUCGAAGAGUAUAUCCAUCGUAUCGGCAUGUCCAGCUCACCGCUCCUUCUGAACUCAACCAUAGGGCGCACCGGACGUAUCGGCCACCACGGAACCGCCACAUCCUUCUUCACGGAGCGUGACGACGGGCUCGCGAGCGUCCUGGCUCGUACCCUGCUCGAAACGGACCAAGAGAUUCCAGGAUUCCUGCGCAGCUACCUCCCCCAGGGUAUCACUCGCGAGACUGUCAAGUUUGAAACUGAGUCUGACUUUGACCCUGCCGAGUACGAGGCUGCUGGCCUCGGUAUGGUCCAGGACGGCGCCACUGGCGACGGCGGUGCGGGUCAGGACGCCUGGGGCGCUGAUACGGGUGCUGAGUCCGCCGACGCUGGCGGAUGGGGUGCCGACACCAGCGCCGGCGGCGAUGCGGGUAUCGAUGGAUGGGGCACCGGCAAUGCCAAUACCAGCUCCGCCGACGCAGGUGGUGGCUCAUGGAGUGCUUCCACACAUCCCGUCCCCUCCGUGCCCUUUGCGGAUUGGUAG